GUGCGCGUGUCUUACGAUCGUUCUUUUUCGCCAUGGGUUUUGAGAAGCAAAUUAUCAUCGAUGGCUCUGGUCAUCUGUUGGGACGACUUGCUUCGACUGUUGCCAAGUCAAUCUUAGCAGGGCAAAGAAUUGUUGUUGUGAGAUGUGAAGACAUUAAUAUCAGUGGUAAUUUCUAUAGGAAUAAAUUAAAGUAUUUGGAUUUCUUGCGCAAAAGAAUGAAUACAAAACCAUCAAGAGGUCCUUUCCAUUUUCGAGCUCCAAGCAAGAUAUUCUGGCGUACUGUCCGAGGAAUGAUUCCCCACAAAACAAAACGUGGUAUGGAAGCUUUGAAUCGAAUGAAAGUUUUUGAAGGAGUACCACCUCCAUAUGAUAAAAUGAAAAGAAUGGUCGUUCCAUCAGCUCUCAGGGUUAUCCGACUUAAACCUGGAAGAAGGUAUUGUGUGUUAGGACGACUUUCUCAUGAAGUAGGAUGGAAGUAUCAGGAUGUUGUGAAGACUCUUGAAGAAAAGCGCAAGGCAAAAUCUGCUGUUUACUACCAACACAAGAAAAAUUUAUUGAAACUUAAAGCACAAGCAGCAAAAAACAAAGAAAACGAGAUCAAACAGCAUGAUGAUGUCAUUGCUACCUUUGCAUAAUUUCUAAUGCAAAUGAUCAAUAAAUAUCUUUGAAAUCUGCUA